AGUUGGAUACACGGAAACCUGUGUCGGUGGUGCUGCCCUCUAUUUCCAAAACUUACGAGGGGUAAAAUGAGAAAUCACCCCUUCCCUUCCUUUCUCCUCGGUCUCGGUGUGUGUACGUGCGUGCGUCACAUAAGCUUUGUCGUGCGGGUUCGAGCUCAAAAGCUAGCCUUCUGUUCUUUUCCCCCUUCUACUCCCGCUCCACUCUUCUUCUUCUUCUUCCCUCCCUAGGUAGAUCUCGAGGUGCUCGAUCCAAUGCCGCAGAGAACAACCGCUCGGAGGAAGACUAGUAGCCGACCCUUUUACUUCCUCCGGCAGUGAGACAGGCAGAGGGCCAGGGGAAUGCUCAUGCAGUGCUCGCCGCUUGCCGACGUGGGUGACCAAUCAUGAAUCUCGUCAAACCAGCGCCGGCUCGGCGGAUCCAUCAUCGCUUUGCAGUCCCCGCCGUCCUCCUCGCCGCCCUCUUCCUCCCCUUCGUCUUCAUCCGCGCCGCCUUCCUCGCGCUCGAUGCCCGCGCCGCUUCCAUCAGUUGCUUAGGGUGGAGGAUUGGGCCUCGAUUGUUACUCGAUCCGCCUCAGGAUUUUAGUAAGGAAUUAAGUAGAGUUUACUUGGAAAAAGAGGGGCAGGAGUUAGAUCCCCAGUUGGUGACUGCUGCACCGGACUCUGUGGAGGAUCUGAUAUCUGAAAUGAGUUCUUCCGAUCAACACCUUGACCUGAGGUCAUUCUUGUUGAAGACCAAGGCGAUGCUACUGAAGAUGGACCAGAAAGUUCAGUCUGCAAGGCUUCAAGCGGUAAUCUUCCGGCACUUGGCUUCAGUUGGGCUUCCAAAGAGCAUCCAUUGCCUUACAUUGAGGUUGGCACAGCUGUACCUUAUAAAUGCUGCUGCUCGAUCUUCUCUGCCACCACCUGAAUACGCCUCACGGUUGACAAACAACUCUUAUCACCACAUUGCACUCAUAACCGACAAUGUAGUUGCUGCUGCCGUUGUGGUCUCAUCCACCAUAUCUAGUUGUGCUGAUCCUGAGAAACUAGUGUUCCACAUUGUCACUGAUAAGAAAACUUGCAACUCAAUGCAUGCCUGGUUUGCUCUCCACUCUUUCCUUCCUGCAGUGGUGGAGGUAAGGGGACUUCACCAGUUUGACUUUCCUCCUGAUGCGAAUGCUGUGAUCAUGAACACUGUAGAGGAACUCCGUCAGAGCUCGUCUGCUUAUCGCUACUACAGGGGAUCAGGUAAAGAAUACAGAAGACUUUUAGCUCUCAGACCAAGCAUGUUUUCGCUCUUGAACUAUAUGUGGAUACAUCUUCCUGAGCUCUUUACAAAAUUAGAGAAGUUGAUUUUUCUGGAAGAUGAUGUGGUGGUUCAGAGAGACUUAACACCCCUUUGGCACUUAGAACUACAAGGGCUUGUCAUGGGUGCAGUAAGUUCACAGGACUCGGACGAAGUGCUGAACACUGGACCUUGUGUCGGGAAGAUGUUUGCCGACUACCUAAAUUUCUCGAAUUCCCUGCUUUCAUCACCAUUACUUGGGCUGCAGCACAAUAGUUGUGCAUGGUUGCAAGGCCUAAACAUAUUUGAUCUGCAAGCAUGGAGAAAGAACAACAUCACCCGUGCUUACCAGCACUGGCUCAAAUUGAAUCGCGAGUCUGGAUUCACGCUAUGGCCGAUGGGAUCACUGCCACCAGCUUUAAUAGCAUUCAACAAACAGAAUCUGCAGAUCGAGCACUCAUGGCUUCUGACAGGACUAGGUUGGCGAAUGCCUGAUCCUGAUGAACUCGAAUCUGCUGCAGUCAUUCAUUUCAGCGGGGCAGGGAAGCCAUGGCUCGAAACCGGGCAUGCUGAACUACAAAGAAUUUGGCAAAGCCACUUAAACCAUUCUGAUGAGUUGAUAAGCAGCUGCAUGGUCAUUUGAGGGGCGACAUAUAGAGGAGCAUUAGUCAAUCCAAUUCAUAGCUGAGAAAGCAAAAUAUAUAGAAAACAUAUACAUUCUUAUUUGUUUUGGGGUCUGCAGAGCAGCAGAGGUUUAGGAAGGUUGAGCAGAGAGAAGAAGGUGUUGCCUUCAGUCUCUGCUCUAUCUAUCAGUCUCUCUGCAUACUUUUCAGCUAAAGUUUGUACAAAAGCAAGCAGAAAAUUUCCUCUUUUGUCUUGUUAGUGAUGAACAAUUGGCCUCUGUGUUAAUAAUCUAAUUAAGUCUCUAUUAGUGUCUA